AUGUUGACAACAACCCCCUUCGACUCCAUCAGUUUAAAUCAUGCCUCCCAAAGUAAGAAACGUGUGGCCUACUUUUAUGAUUCUGAUGUGGGCAACUUUGCCUACGUCUCCGGACACCCCAUGAAGCCCCACCGCAUGAGGAUGGCCCACAGCCUGAUCCUCAACUACGGACUGUACAAAAAGAUGGAGAUCUACCGUGCGAAACCGGCCACGAAAUAUGAGAUGACACGGUUCCACUCUGAUGAAUACAUCGACUUUUUAUUCAAGGUCACCCCCGACUCCAUCACCAAGCACCUGACCGAGCAGGUUAAGUACAAUUUCAACGACGACAACCCCGUCUGGGAUGGCCUGUCCGAGUUCUGCAGCAUCAGCGCGGGCGGGAGUAUGGAAGCCGCCGCCCGUCUGAAUAACGGCAAGUGCGACAUUGCCAUUAAUUGGGCUGGCGGCCUUCACCAUGCGAAGAAAUCUGAGGCGAACGGGUUCUGCUACGUGAAUGAUAUUGUCUUGGGAAUUUUGGAGCUCUUGCGGUUUCAUCAACGCGUUUUGUACGUUGAUAUUGAUGUUCACCAUGGCGAUGGCGUUGAGGAGGCGUUUUACACGACAGAUCGUGUGAUGACGGUGUCCUUCCACCAAUACGGAGACUUUUUCCCCGGGACGGGCGACAUUGGCGACAUCGGCGCUCAGGAGGGCAAGAAUCAUUCAGUAAAUGUGCCACUCCGUCCUGGAAUGGAUGAUUUUUCCUAUAGUCGAGUCUUUCAGCAGGUGAUUAAAGGCGUCAUGGACUGGUAUCGUCCGGACGCAGUGGUGCUGCAAUGUGGCGGGGACAGCUUGUCUGGCGACCGUCUCGGGAGCUUUAAUCUCAGUAUGAGAGGACAUGCAAACUGCGUGAAUUACAUUAAGAGUUUCAACUUGCCAACCAUGCUUGUAGGCGGUGGUGGCUAUACUAUGCGAAAUGUGGCGCGUACGUGGGCGUUUGAGACUGGUGUUGUGGUAGGCGAAGAGGUCGGGCCCGAGCUUCCCUACGAUGAUUUCUACGGGUACUAUGCUCCAGAUUAUAUGCUCGAUGUCCGACCAUCGAACAUGCCAAAUCAAAACACCGACACAUAUUUAACACAAGUAUGCACACGGGUGCUUGAAAACAUCAAGAAGACCAUGACAUUCAGCCCAUCCGUCCAGAUGACAGACGUACCGCGCUACCCACUCGCGCCUGGACUCGACGAGGAUUAUGAAGAUAUCGCCGAUGACGAAGAUGAAGAUCAGAAUAAAGAUAUACGCAUUUCGCCCCGCCAAGUCGACAUGCUGGUCGAGCAUCAGGGCGAACUUAGCGACGACGAGGAGAUGAGUCAAAUUAGCAACGUGCUAAACGCGAUCAAGAAGCGAAACCACGUUAACUAUGGGGAACCUGUUUCGACCGAGUCUACGACGGAGGCAGAGACAUCGAAAACAUCAGAUGAUCAGUUAGCCGAUGGGUCCGUCAAGAGCCAAGACACGCCGAUGACCGAGGCUGAGGUAAUUUUGGAAAGUCCUAAGGCUAUUAGCCAGUAG